AGUGGCUUAAGGGUAGAAGAAGCAACGUAGCUUCUCUCUUUUUUAUGGCGGUGACUCACAGGAUUUUCUGCAGAUAAACCGCGUUAAACAAAAAUCUAGAAUCCUCGCCGGAGAUUCAGUCCAGUCGAUGAUCGAAGCUCUGGUUACCGUCGGAGGAGACGAGGUAGAGCCUUUGUUUGCUGUUCGUUGUUGUUGCGUGAGAGAGAAGCGAGUUUUCGUAGCUACAUAAGAAGAGGAAGAGUGAAAAUGAAUGUUAAUAGCAAUGGAUUCGGGAGUGCGGCGGCGGCUGCUGACUAUAUAAGGAGACACCAUCUGCAUGAGAUUGGAGAGAACCAGUGUAGUUCGGCUCUCGUAAAGCACAUCAAAGCUCCUGUUCCUCUCGUUUGGUCUUUGGUGAGGAGAUUUGACCAACCACAGAAGUAUAAACCUUUUGUCAGCAGGUGUGUUGCGCAGGGAAACCUCGAGAUUGGAAGUCUUAGAGAAGUUGAUGUCAAGUCGGGGCUCCCAGCUACUACAAGUACUGAAAGAUUGGAACUCCUUGAUGAUAAUGAGCAUAUCCUUAGCAUCAGGAUUAUAGGUGGUGAUCACAGACUUAAGAACUACUCUUCAAUCAUUUCCCUCCAUCCGGAGAUCAUCGAUGGAAGACUGGGGACGUUAGUAAUCGAAUCCUUUGUGGUAGAUGUGCCUGAAGGGAACACAAGGGACGAGACAUGCUACUUUGUCGAAGCUUUGAUCAAGUGCAAUCUCAAAUCACUCGCGGAUGUGUCCGAGGGGCUAGCAGUGCAGGACAGGACCGAACCCAUUGAUCUAUGAAAGUUGGGGGGGCCGAGGUGAUAAAAGAAGAAGGUGGUGGCUAUAGUUGCCAUGGAUGAAGCUUCAAAAGGCUUUUCUUAUCCGGGGAGGCUUUAGGGAUGGACUGGCAAUUGUGGGUAUUCCAUCUUCUACACACACAUUGCAUUUGCUUGUACUUAAUCAUUGGGUCUCACCUUUUGUUGUUAACUUAAUGUGCUCGAUUUAUUGUCUGUAGUAGAUGAACCUCGUUAUUCAAGGAUUGGAAAAGAAAGAACUU